AUGCAGCAGAACUACAGCAGCGCGGCGUUCGACCUCCUCCGGCUCCAAGGCACCGUCCCGCCACCGUCCAGCGCUCCCAAAUAUACGCCUCUAUUUACACAUUCAAGUUUUAUUUCCGCAGCACACGUGUUUCUGUUUGGAGUUGGUGGGACAUUCGGGUGGGUGGUGGUGGGGGGGGGGGGGGGGGGGGGGGGGUGGUGGUGA